AUGGACAACUCCAAUGUGCGCUCCAACAACCGCUCAGGGACCAGAACUGCAGUACCCGCUCCUCCUCCUGCAACACGCUACAGCCAAAUCAGCAGCGGCAGCGACGAGGACAGCUCCGCUCCAUCUUCCAAGGACCUUUACGCGGGCUCUGAAUCUUUCCGAAACCUGGAUGUGGGUGUCCUCAAAGACAGCUCCGCCGCCAACCGACUAGCCUGGGUCCGCUCUCAGAUCAUCGGCAGUGACGCGGAAUUCGAUUCUCCGUUCGGGAAGCGCAGGAUUACUUACGCUGAUCAUACUGCCUCCGGGAAGUCGCUCCACUACAUCGAGAAUUUCAUAAUCAAGAAUGUUCUUCCUUACUACGGCAACACCCACACUUCGGACAGCUACGUAGGCGGCAGGACGACGAAAAUGGUGGAAGAGGCCGCGGCGUACAUCAAGAGAUGCUUGGGCGGUGGAGCGGAGGAUGUGAUCCUGUUCUGCGGCUCCGGGAGCACGGCGGCGAUCAAGCGGUUGCAGGAAGUGAUGGGAAUCGCCGUCCCGUCGACAUUGCGGGAAAGGUGCUUGAAGAAAUGUCUGACCGGGGAAGAAAACAGAUGGGUUGUUUUCGUAGGACCUUACGAGCACCAUUCCAACCUACUUUCCUGGCGCCAGAGCUUAGCCGAAGUGGUCGAAAUUGGACUGGAUGAGAAUGGGUUAAUCGAUAUCAAGGAACUCCAGAGGGAACUGCAGUCGGGUAAAUUUGCAAACAGACCAAUUCUGGGUUCAUUUUCAGCUUGCAGUAACGUGACCGGGAUUCAUUCUGAUACUCGAGCGAUCGCCAAGCUUCUUCACCAGCAUGGAGGUUUUGCCUGCUUUGACUAUGCAGCAAGUGGCCCGUAUGUGGAAAUUGACAUGAGAUCCGGGACGAUCGAUGGCUAUGAUGCUGUAUUCCUCAGCCCGCAUAAGUUUCUGGGUGGCCCUGGAACUCCUGGAAUACUGUUGAUGAACAAAAUUCUGUACCAGCUCGGCUCAGCUCCUCCUUCAACCUGCGGCGGUGGAACUGUUGAUUAUGUCAAUGGACUAAACGAGAAGGACACAUUGUAUUCAGAGGCAAUUGAGUCUCGAGAGAAUGGUGGAACUCCUCCAAUCAUUCAGACAAUUCGAGCUUCAUUGACAUUCUGGAUUAAGGAAUACAUCAACUAUUCAGUCAUUCAAAACCAUGAAGACUACUUUAUUGACAAAGCACUAAAGAGGCUUCUCCCAAACAAGAACAUUCUCGUGUUGGGAAAUACAACAGCAAGGAGGCAAGCAAUUCUGUCCUUCCUCAUAUUCUCGACUAGCGUCCAGGAAGGAAGCCUGAACAUGUGGGCAGAGAUGGGAAACAAGCUCGAUAAGCCUCUGCACGGGCCUUUCGUGGCUGUUCUUCUCAAUGACCUGUUCGGCAUUCAGGCUCGUGGUGGUUGUGCCUGUGCUGGGCCUUAUGGCCACCAGCUCCUCGAUGUGGAUGAAACUACAUCCCUAGCAAUCAGAUCAGCCAUACAGAAGGGCUACUCUGGAAUCAAGCCAGGAUGGGCAAGAAUCAGCUUCCCUUACUACAUGUCUAAUCAAGAAUUUGAGUUCAUUCUGGCGGCUUUGGAGUUCUUAUCCAUAUAUGGCCAGAGGUUUCUUUCCUUGUAUCGAUUCCAUUUCAAAAAGGGUACAUGGGCCUUUAACAAAAGGGCAUUUAAGGAGCUGGUAGGGAAGGCAAGCAAUGGGAAUGGUGAUGCAUUGUCGACUGUAAUUACAACUGUGCCUGGACUGAAGAUUCAUGAGGAUGGAACAGAAGAUCUGGAAGACGGAGAUCUCGAACACCCUGUAAUGGUUAACAAGUUUGCUUCAUAUCUUAUCAUUGCCAAAAACAUUGCCAAUUUACUACCCAAGUUCCCUUCGAAACAAGAAAUUCCUCAUGAUUUGGAUCCUAGCAUCGUGCAUUUUCGAGUGUAGAUGUUACUUCAACAUCAACAUCAAAUAUACAAGUUGUGAUUUCAAGAUUGUAAUGGAGUUUAAUUGUUCAUUGUUUAAUUGUUCAAC